AUGAUUAAAUAAGUAAGUGUGAGAAGUCCUGUAAAUAUAUGAAACCCGACCACGAUUUCGGGAUUUAAAUGACGAUUGGAAAACCCAUUACAAUUCAAAUUGGCAUGGCUUUGACACAAAAAUAGAUAUACACAGGUGAAACACAGGUAUGUUGUCAACAUAUAACUGGGACAUUUGAAGAACAUCAAAUUGAAAUAUGGAAAUAGGAUUAUUAUGUAUCAUUCUUUAUUAUUUUUUUAAUGCAACAUUAAGUGAAAGCAUAACAAAUUUAGUUUCUCACAGAAAGAAGAGUUUUUGUUAUACAAACGUAGCGAAAUCUUCGAAAAUAAGAUGCAGUGACUACGCUGAUGUUCGGCCAUACAAGGAUCAGAGAAAAUUGGACAAAGACUGUUCGUUUCACUUUACCCCGGAGAGUAAGGAAUAUUUUACAUAUAAAGUGACAAAAUUCAAGUACAGGUUUGUUAACUUGCAUUUUCAGUUCUGUAAUCAUUCGUCGACGGUGAAAUACACGAGAUGUGUAAUCCAACCAUUAGAAUGGGUUUGGACAUUCGAUGGUUUUGAAGGAGGUGAACAGUAUCUUGAUUGGCCAGCAGAAUAUGAAACUCUCUCCAUGGGGAUGCUAAAAAAGUACACUUCAUUACCACUAUGGCUUAACAUAACGGUUAAAGGUAAUUGUAAUAUAGCUAUUGGACAGAAAAAUACCACGGAAAGAUUUGCUUUGGCGUUUGCCGACCUUUACCAUGAUCUAGCCAAGAUGCAUGACCAAUACAACUAUAGCUACUGGUGUUUCAAAACUAGAAUCUUCAUCGAAAGCCUGUUUUUGUACAAAUUAUGCAAACAAGUCAUCUGCCCUGUAGAAACUAUAGGCUAUAAAUGUUGCAAACAGAUAUUUGAUGUCAAUACAAAGAAUAUGACGAUCAUAUGUCCUGGCGAAUCAUUUAAAUUCGGAAGUGUAUGGUGGAUAUGUCCAUUUGUGAUUGGUGUUGUGCUUUAUCUUUAUUUCGGAAUAGUACUCGCCUGGGUUCUGUCAUAUAUCUAUAAGCAUUUAGAUGCUAAUGGAAUAGACAAUAUAUUCAUGCUUCUAAGGCCAGUCGUCGAUCAACAGAAAGGUAAUCCAAACGAAUCAACACCGCUGCUCCAGGAAUCGGGACCACUUGAAAUAUUAUGGAUAAACCAUAACCCGAUCACUGUACUUUCAAUAAUUGCAAGUCCAAUCAGACGCUGCUGUUUGAUUCAUCCAAUCACUACCUCGCGAAUAAUUCGAUGUUUAUUAGCAGUGACAAGUCUUCUUGUUAUUUUUCUGAAAGUUUUGGUUCAUUUUAUAUACCACAGAGAUUUUAUUAUCGAAAGUGUCAAGCAAGGCGCCCCAAAGGAUUUCUUAUCAAUGAUAGCUGGAUACCAGCGAAGCAAAGACAAUUUUCUAAUAUUUCUCGGAGGACCAUUUGUUGCGUUAGGUGCGUAUAUCGGAUGUUUGAUAAUUUUCAUUACUGUACCACGAGAUCUUGGAGAAACACUUGUAAGUGGACUUCCAGUAAAUAAUUCGGAACCAUCGUCACCCUUGACAAUGAAUUUAAGAUUAAGAGAACGGUUUGGAACUAAACGUGUUUUAUGUAAUGGCCAAGGAGGGUAUACAAAAAUUCACCAAACAAUGCUGGCCAAUAUUUUUUCAUUAUUAAAUCCAUGCUUUUGGGGAUAUGUAUUAGAUUUACAACUCGGCAGAUUUCAGUAUUUCACAAACCGCAUUCACCGUGGUAUUUUUACUUACAUCUUUUUAAUUAUAGUAGGUUUAUUUUAUUUAUUUGCUUGUUUAAUUGAACUAUUGUUAACUGUUGCAUUUUUUGGUUUUCCUACAAUUUUUGGGAUAUUGAUCGUAUUCAAAGCAUACACAAGAAAUCUGAUAACUUUGCUAGGCGACAAAGGUUCUAUUGGGAAAUGCUUGGUUGUUUUUAUUUUACCUUGCAUAUUUGUGAUGUUAAUGAUAACUUUUUAUAUGUUUUCCAUUAUAUUUGUUGACAGUUUUAUAUUUAUUGCAAAAGUUGCUAUUUUUACAUAUACUGGGCUAUUUGUAAACCCAAGUUAUACAGAAGGAUGGGUGAUAUUCGGAAUAACAAUUGUUAUGUAUAUAUACGACAGUAUUCAUUCAGUAAAUGAUACAUAUGAACAACUUUUUGUACAAACCAAAAAAGUUUGUAAACGAAAAGGGAAGAAGCUGGGCAUUAUGCAACAUUUGUACAAAAGAGAAGUUGAAGGUGCAAAUAUCCCGCUGGAUCUUUAUAAAUAUAUUGUUCAUACAUACAAACCAAUACGAGUUGAAGUGUUUGUCUCAGUUAUAAAAAUCAGUAUUAUAAUAUUUUGUCUUUAUAUUUCUUUGGGUAUUUUAGUGAAUUUUGAUGGUUUUCAAGAAUUGAAUGUUGUCACACAAACCGCAACGACACUUUUUGUCAGUUUUAUUCCGAAACUUUUAAAACGAAUGUGCUCUUUAAAUGAGAGAAGAAAAGUUCUCAGAAUGAGAAGAAAGAUAGACGAGAUUGUAGAAAGUCAUUUGAUAUACAGGGGAAUUAAUAUGGAGGGAGAAAAUAUUGCGUAGCAGGCUUUCCAAUCUUGAACUUAAAUUUUACACGAUAUACAUCUACUUCAAAUAAAAAGAUGUGUAAUUGAUUUUAAACUUAUGUGUUACCGUACAUGUUACAAUGUAAUCUGUAAUGAACAUUUUAUAUCUUGACUGUUCAGAUUACGUUAUCCAUUAUAAUGCAAAAAGAUUUUGAUGUUAUGUUAUACAAACUGAUAUAUUUUGUAUUUAGAUUUAUAGGUAUUUUCACUUUAUUUGUUAGCAGUACAUGUAUGACUACUUUUUUCAGAGUAUCAGUAUAUUAAUAAUAUUGAAAAAUAAAUUGUCGAAAGUAGUUUUUUCUAAGAUACACACAUCUGUAUGUUUAUUGAUACAUUAAACCAGUACCCAUGAA